GCCUUGUUGCCUGUGGUGCUUGAGGUCCAAGGAUUGUGGACUUUCAAUAAUGCUCGGUGCUCACCGCCUCACCAUUAGCGAUAUGCAUCAGGGGUGAGGUGUUCGGUAUGGUUCACAUACUUAUAAAUAGUGGCUGGGCGUCCUCUUUGCAUAUCACACAAUUCAACAAUUGAAUACUUAUAACAAACAAACACAAUGAUCAACGAUUUCAUUAACCGAUCCGAAACCGGUGAGAAAUAUUCCGGCGAGAUCGAGUAUGAGAACAUGCAACGUCUGCCCCGUCUAGAAGGAUGCUCCCCCUCAAGCGGCCGUCGUCAUUUCAAUGACCUUGUGAACCACAACGAAAAUGGUGCUAAGUACUCGAUGGGCGAGACAGACGAGCGGAUGUGCCGCCUCCCCCGAUUACCGAGACGCCGAAGUGCAUUUGUGGUAGACACUAAUGUAUUUGAUUCCGAGUCAGAUGAGUGCUGCAACUGGAGCUAAUAAAACCGACCGAGUAUCAGAUAUUAGCGCUCACAUCCUGUAGCUUGAGCCGAGCGAGCGACAGAUCGGAAUCUCUUCCCGGCUGGACACAUCAUAUAUAUUAAGCAACUUUAUGUAAGCUGCAAUCAAAUAAACAUAUUCAAUAUCAGU